GUUUGCUGGAACGAUCAGGGCAAAAUUGCCGGUUUUGAUGUGCGUAGGAGUGUGGAAAACGAUUUUUUCUGCAAGAUUCCAUCUAAAAGUUAAAGGACGUGUCUUCAGCUACCUCAAAUAGUGUUCUAUUUUGGGCUCAUAAUGCCUUAAAAAAAUUCGAAUUUGCGGAAUUUCCCAGGCCAGAUGAAUGUGAUUACUCCAUAAAUUUUUUGAAUUACCAUAAACAAUGGCUGGGCUCUGAUUGUUGAUACUAAAAUUUAUAGCGCCUCUAAAAAUAAACGCGAUCAAAGUUAGAUUUGAUCUCCCACAGUGUAAGUUCUAUGCUAAUAAGUUGAUUCGUAAGCGUUGGCAGACUGUGAAAAAAAGCUGCACCAACAUGCAAGUGGUGGUCAACAGCCCCAAUGUGGAAUACACAAACAAAUACAUCAUUUCAAAAUAUGACUAUCAAUAUGUUGAGGCCCAGAAGGAGGAGUCCAGUAUUGCGGUGAACACUUUAACCGAAAAACUGAUGUUCCGCACUCAACGCAAAGUGCCCAAACUGGGCGUGAUGUUGGUGGGAUGGGGUGGAAACAACGGAGCUUCUUUCACCGCUGCUCUCAUCGCCAACAAACUCAAGCUUUCCUGGACAACGCGAAAAGGCAACCAAGACGCCAACUGGUUCGGGUCAGUCACUCAAGCGUCCACAGUCCGAAUUGCUGAUGAAGUCCAUGUGCCAAUGUCCCAUCUGCUGCCCAUCGUGGAUCCCAAUAAUCUCAUCAUUGAUGGUUGGGACAUCAGCGCACUUGAUUUAGCAGCCGCUUUGAAGCGAAGCGAAGUCUUCCCACCCGAUCUGGUUGAAGUGCUGAAGCCCCACAUGGAGAAGCGCAAACCAAGAGCAGCGAUCUUCAACCAGGAUUAUGUGGCGGAGAACCAAAAGUCCAGAGCUGAUAAUGUGCUGAAUGGCUCCAAGCUGGAUCAGGUGAAGACCAUAAUGGAUGAUAUUGAAGAGUUUCGAAACCAGUGGAAGCUGGAUGAGGUGAUAGUCCUUUGGACUGCCACCACUGAAAGGUUCACCAGCAUUGUGGAAGGCAUCAACGACACCGCGGAGAAUUUGUCGAAGGCCAUCAAGAGCAACUACAAAGACAUUUCGCCUUCAACCCUCUAUGCCUAUGCGGCCAUUUCCAAGGGAUGCACUUAUAUAAACGGUUCGCCUCAAAACACUUUCGUUCCGGGGCUGAUCGAGUUGGCCGAAGAGAAAAAGGUGUUCAUUGCUGGUGACGACUUCAAAUCAGGACAAACCAAGCUCAAGAGCGUCUUGGUGGACUUCCUGGUAAGCGCCGGGAUUAAGCCGGUAAGCAUCGUAAGCUACAACCAUCUGGGGAAUAACGACGGGCGCAACCUGAGCGCUCCAGAACAGUUCCGCUCAAAAGAGAUUUCCAAAAGCAACGUGGUGGAUGACAUGGUGGCUUCCAACAGCAUCCUCUACAAGCCGGGCGAAAAACCCGAUCAUGUUGUUGUCAUCAAAUAUGUGCCAUAUGUUGGUGAUUCCAAACGUGCUAUGGAUGAGUAUAUUUCGGAAAUAAUGAUGGGAGGUCACAAUACUCUGGUGAUUCACAACACCUGCGAAGAUUCUCUGUUGGCUGCGCCCUUGAUUCUCGACCUGGUUCUUCUGGCCGAGCUGUUUUCGCGCAUUGAAGUGAAAAAACUGGAAAAUGAGGAUGCGGAAUACACAAAACUCCACCCGGUUCUGUCUGUUCUUAGCUACUUAUGCAAAGCACCAUUGGUGCCAAAAGGAACUCCAAUUGUAAACUCCUUGUUUCGACAAAGAGCCUGCAUCGAGAACAUCCUCAGGGCAUGUACGGGACUUCCGCCGGAAACCAACAUGACUUUGGAGCAUAAGGUUCCGUUCCUGAUGUCGCAGACCGCUUACGAAGAGCCUCAGUCGAAGAAAGUUAAAUUGGAGAAUGGAAAGUAACUGUUCCGAUUUCAAUUAAACUGCUUCCGACGGUACGUACAAACAAAAUGUAUUAAUAUCACCAGGAAUUGUCUGUUAAAUAAGGAAACUCAACUGUUCUACUACCGCUUUAUUGGUGUCAAUGGUUUCGGCUUGCAGCUGCCCUUUAAAUGUUUACACCGAUAAAUUCCUAUAUUUAUAUGUUGUCUAUUAAAUAAAAUGAAGAUAUUUCCUAA